AUGAUCCAGACAGUUUGGGUGUCUUCCUCCAGGAGCUGGGCUUCCAGGAGGCCUGAUGGCCAACGAACAAGCUGGAAAUGUGGAUUCAUCAGAACUAUAAUACAGCAUAUAUGCCUGAGGCAUCACUUCAAAGCCCAAGGGAAAACAAGAAUGUUGAAGAAAAUCCACAUAUGCCUCUGCUUCUUCUUCGUCUCCGGCAUUUUGUACGAGAUCUCCUUGCUAUCUGGCUGCUUCUUCUCCUGUAUGCCUAUGCCCAAGCAAUUCCUGACACCUGAGCAAGUCCUCAACCUGGGCAGAAGCAUCAUCUUCCUGGAGACGACAGAGCGCCUGGAACCACCACCACUGGUGUCCUGCUCCGUGGAGUCUGCUGCCAGGAUCUACCAGGACCGGCCCAUCAUCCUCUUCAUGAAGGGGCUGACAAAUGACACCGUGUUGGACUCAAACUCCAGCUACACGGCCUUCUCGCUUUUAUCUUCUAUGAAGAAUGUCUUCCUUUUUCCUCUCCAGAUGGAAAACGUCUUCCAGGAGACCCCUCUUCUGCAGUGGUACAACGAGGUAGACCCCGAAGAGGAGAAGAACUGGGUCCAUGUCAGCUCUGACGCCAGCAGACUGGCGCUCAUUUGGAAGUAUGGGGGCAUCUACAUGGACACAGAUGUCAUCUCCAUCAGGCCCAUCCCUGAGGGUAGCUUCCUGGCAGCACAGAAGUCAAGGUUUUCCAGCAACGGGAUCUUUGGUUUCCCUGCCCGUCACAAAUUUAUUUGGGACUGCAUGGAGAAUUUUGUUCUCAAGUACAAUGGGAACAUCUGGGGGAACCAGGGGCCCUUUUUAAUGACGAGGAUGCUUAAAGCCAUCUGCAAUCUCACAGAUUUCAAAGGCGUUGAGGAUCACAGCUGUCAGAACAUCUCCUUCCUAAACCCACAGCGUUUCUACCCCAUCCCAUACCCAGCCUGGAGCCGCUACUACGAUGUAUGGGACAAAGUCCCUGACUUCAACCACUCCUAUGCUCUGCACUUGUGGAACUUCAUGAACCGCAACCGGAAAGCUGUGGUUGCUGGGAGCAACUCGCUGGCUGAAAAACUGUACAAAACCUACUGCCCCAGCACUUAUGAGGACCUGAUCCAAAACGCAGAGCUGAGGGUCUUCACAAGCUACGAGGACUCUGUGUGA